AUGAGUAUAAAUAGAAUUGAUUGUGAAACAAUCGCAACUGGUCUUAAUGAACCAUUAGCAAUACAAAUAGAUGAAGAACACAAUGUACUUUAUGUGUUAACAAAUUACAAAUUAACUCGAAUUAAUUUAAAUGAUAAUGAAAAUAAUGUCGACGUUGUUUAUCAACAUAAUAUAAGAUUUGGAGAAAAUAAUAUGAAUAUUAAUGAUGAUGAUGAUGAUUAUUAUUCUCAAGGUGAAUCGGAUAAUGAUGAAGAGAUGCAACGUGUAUCAGAUCCAUUUGAAGAUAGUGAACCAUCAACAGAUGAUGAUGAAGAAAAAGUAACAAAUCGAAGAAAUUGGCGUCGAUAUGGUUGGAGAAUUUAUCAAUUAGAUAAUCCAUGUUCAAUAUUAUUUUUAUCUGAACAAAAUCAAUUAAUUGUAUUAAAUGAAGGUGUUAUUACUUUUUUAAAAAUUCAAAUUGAAAAUGAUCGUCCAUUUGUUUCAAGUCCAUCAAAAAAUAUCUUUUGUUAUGAUUAUGAUAUAUUUAAUGAAAAUGAUAAAAAACAAAGUAUUCAACCAUGGUCAAUAACAUCAACUUUAAUUGAUAAAUAUUUUAUUUUUAGUUUAUUAGAUAAUGGUCAACUUUAUUCAUUAGAUAUGAGAAAUGAUGAAAAUAUAAUUAUUGAAAAAUAUCUUAAUACUGAUAUUCAUAAUUGUCCAUAUUUAAUAUUUCAUUCACAAUCCAAUAAAAUCUUUGUUUAUAAUUCUAAUCAAAUAUUUUCUAUAUCAGUUGAUGAUCGAUCAAUAAUUAAAAUAGAUUUACCAUUUAUUGAAAAAGAUAAAACUAUUUCAACAAUAACAAUAGAUAAAAAUGGAUUGAUUUAUAUAAUAUCAGAUUCAAAACUGUUUCAAUGUAAUUAUUAUCAAUUACAAAUUCAACUUAUUCAAUGUUUAGGAAUAAUUCACGUCAACAUGGAUUAUCCACAAAUGAUUAUUACUAAAACAGACAAUCAAUUUUAUUUUUCUAAUAUUGGAACAAAUUCAGUUUAUCGAUGGAAAAAACAAUAA